UGUAACCUUCAAUACCUCAGUUUCUAUUUAAGAUGUACUUGAAGAUACAGCGCAGUCACAGAGUCAUACAGAGUUAAAGUGUAUGUCUCAGGAGCUCUGAUAUCUGUCUGAGCUGGUGUUUGUCUGUGAACCUGAGCUCAGAAUGAAGAUCCUCCUCAUCUUCCCCCUCUUCCUGAUUUCAGUAGGUGGAGGAGAAUCAGAGGGAGUGACAGGAUAUUCAGGAGGAGGAGUCCUCAUCAAGUGUACAUAUGAGAGACAAUACACAUCAAACCAGAAAUAUUUCUGUAAAGGUUCAUGGCUCUGUAUGUCUAAGCAAAUUUGGGCAGACACUAAAAAUAAGUGGAUAAAUAGUGGAAGAUUCUCACUGUUUGAUGACACCAGAGCUGCAGAGUUCUGGGUGUUGAUCAGAGAGCUCACUGUAGAGGAUUCUGGACUGUACCAGUGUGGAGUUGAGAAAAAAGGUCUGCCUUUAGACGUCUACACACCAGUGGAACUGAAGGUACAGGAAGACCAUGAGAAGAGCAUCAGGGUGACUGGCCAUGUAGGAGGAAGCGUGAACAUCAGCUACAAAUACCCAAAAUCCCACAGCAGUGACCCCAAGUUUCUCUGUAGGAGAGUGGGCACUGCUGACUGUAGUUAUGAAACAUCUGUUAAAGAGAGCAGAAGAUGGAUAAAAGAGGGAAAACUGUAUCUACAUGAUGAUGGAAAGCAGAUCUUCACUGUGAACAUUAACAAUCUCACUGAGGGAGAUUCUGGUGAAUACUGGUGUGGAGCUGAAUCAGACUGGACAUCUGACCAUGGAUACAAGGAUUUAUAUCACACAGAUCAACCUCAGAGAACAGCAUCACCCUCAACAUCACCAUCAAGCCCCACUGCACAGACCAUAGAAACAAAUGCCUCUACAACAACUACAAUGAAAUCCUCAUUUAAGACUUCAACAGAAAUUCUACCACAGUCAUCGACAUACAUCAGUGCACUGACCACAAAACCAACCACAUCCUCAACGCCUAAGACCAAACCGUCUUCUUUGUCAGUUUCCUAUGUGGUCUCUGGUGUGUCUGUGAUUGUGUUGCUGCUUCUGAUUGGACUCUUAUUCUUCCUAGUCACUCUUAGAAAGAGAGGCAAGACUCAAGACCCAGGCACAACACAAGGCCAAUCCUUCAAAGGAUUCUCAGCUGUCCACAGGGUUUUCCAUCUUUUCAAUAACUAUGAAGAGAUUAAAGACAGUAGACACCUUCCUACAUCAGAUGCUGGAGUCUUCACAAUCUACUCUACUUCUCAACUACCCAUAAACCCCUCAGAACCUUCUCAAACUGACUAUGAAAAUGUCCAGUUACCCACAAACCCCUCAGAACCUUCUCAAACUGACUAUGAAAACGUCCAGUUACCCACAAACCCCACAGAACCUUCUCAAACUGAUUAUGACAAAAGGCCAGUUACCCACAAACCCCUCAGAACCUUCUCAAACUGA